AUGCACAACUCUGCGGCGUGCGACUUCUACACAGGAGGCAAAGUUCGCACAACAUUAAAUAUCAAGAAGAAGCAACUUGGAUUAUUCGGCUUAUUUUUCGUUUUAUUGGUUCUGGCGCUGGAUCGCAUUGCGGCAUUCUGUGGGCUGUACUUAUCCCGCGCUCAGAUUUGUUGUACUCAUCGUUCUCGCUUCGUCCUCGUGGAAUCCAUAUCGAUUGUCCAAGGAGAUGCUUUCGAGCGUCUUCUUGAGAACUAUCGAUUGCAUAUGUUACAAAUAUUGGGAAGAAUCUCACGUACCCGAGCUACUUUUCCAUUAUUAUCUAUCUCUAUAACUAGCUGUCAGCCUGAACGCUAUAAUGCUCAUCGUGUUGGCAUUUCUCGAAUUAAACGUAAUAAAUAUGUUCGACAAUAUUAUGUCACACUGCUACAACCUGAUGGGUCAACAAUUAAAAUGCGGGCUUCUGAACCCUUGGAUUUGAUCCAGAUGCCAUUUAAUUUGGAUAUGUUAACAGAUGAUGAGCGCAGAAAAUUAGAAAUUAAAAGGCAUAAAGCAAAGAAAGUUACGAAAAAGCAAGAAGUUGUGAAGUUUAAUGCCGACGAAUAUGUUGAUUUAUGGAGGAAAAGCUCAAAAUAA